CAGUGCUGACAUUGCGUCUUUUCCCCUUUCUGCACAUUUCCUCAAAGAGUCUGCUGCUCUUUAGUGUUUGGCCCUGUUGUCCAUGACCCCUGGCAUCUCUGGCAAAUCAACAUAUAGCUGGGAUGCAUGCUGUUUUUCUGACACAUUUUUAAGGACCUGGAAAGCUGAAGGAUGCCAUCAGAAGUGUGCCUCAGUGUUCAAGAUAUGCUGACUGGUCAGAGACUCUGUCAGUCCAGCUCUCAUAAUGAUGCUGUUUUGGCUGCUCUGAACCAGCAAAGAAGCGAUGGCAUACUCUGUGAUAUUACCCUCAUUGCAGAAGAGCAGAAAUUCCAUGCUCACAAGGCAGUCCUAGCAGCAUGCAGUGACUACUUCAGGGCAAUGUUCAGCCUUUGCAUGGUUGAAAGUGGCGCAGAUGAGGUGAAUUUACAUGGCAUCACAAGCAUAGGUUUAAAGCAAGCUCUGGAUUUUGCGUAUACUGGACAGGUUCUUUUGGAGCCAGGAGUAAUUCAAGAUGUACUUGCUGCUGGGAGCCAUCUGCAGCUUCUGGAGAUGCUUAGUUUGUGUUCCCACUACCUUAUCCAGGAGUUAAAUAGCUUUAAUUACUUGGACCUUUAUAAGCUUGCUGACCUCUUUAACCUCACUCUGCUGGAGAAAGCGGUGGUCGAUUUCUUGGUGAAGCAUCUCUCUGAGCUACUGAACAGCCACCCUGAAGAGGUCCUGGCGCUCCCAUACUGCCUCAUCCGGGAAGUCUUAAAGAGUGACCGGCUUACAUCACUGAGUGAAGAACAAAUCUGGCAGCUAGCUGUCAGGUGGUUAGAACACAACUGCCGAUAUCAAUACAUGGAUGAACUUCUCCAGUAUGUUCGGUUUGGACUUAUGGAUGUGGAUACGUUGCAUACUGUAGCCCUCUCUCACCCUCUUGUCCAAGCUAGUGAAACUACCACUGCCCUUAUCAAUGAGGCCUUGGUAUACCACCAGAGCAUCUAUGCACAGCCAAUUUGGCAGACCAGAAGGACAAGACCUCGCUUCCAGUCAGACACUCUUUACAUUAUUGGUGGGAAAAAACGAGAGAUUUGCCGAGUUAAAGAACUCCGGUACUUCAAUCCCGUGGACCAGGAGAAUGCCCAUAUAGCAGGAAUUGCAAACUGGAGUGAACUUGCUCCCAUGCCAGUAGGAAGAAGCCACCAUUGUGUUGCUGUGAUGGGAGACUUCCUUUUUGUAGCAGGUGGCGAGGUCGAGCAUGCUACAGGACGCACAUGCGCAGUACGGACUGCUUGUAGGUACGACCCUCGUAAUAAUUCUUGGGCUGAAAUAGCUCCCAUGAAGAACUGUCGAGAACAUUUUGUCCUUGGAGCAGUGGGUGAAUACCUCUAUGCAGUCGGAGGCAGGAAUGAACUGCGUCAAGUUUUACCUACAGUGGAGCGAUACUGCCCCAAGAAAAACAAGUGGACUUUUGCUCAGUCCUUCGACAGGUCCCUUUCAUGCCAUGCAGGAUACGUUGUGGAUGGUCUUCUAUGGAUAUCAGGAGGAGUAACAAAUACAGCACAAUAUCAGAACAGGCUAAUGGUGUAUGAUCCCACACAAAAUAAAUGGCUCAGCCGCAGCCCCAUGUUGCAGAGGAGAGUCUACCAUUCUAUGGCAGCCGUUCAAAGAAAGCUGUAUGUUUUAGGCGGCAAUGACCUGGAUUACAACAAUGACAGGAUUCUUGUCCGCCACAUAGACUCUUACAAUAUAGAUGCUGACCAGUGGACACGCUGCAGCUUCAGUAUGUUGACAGGCCAAAAUGAAUCUGGAGUUGCUGUCCAUAAUGGUAGAAUAUAUUUAGUUGGGGGCUAUUCAAUUUGGACAAAUGAACCCUCUGCAUGUAUCCAGGUACUGGAUGUUAGCAAGGAAGGAAAAGAAGAAGUUUUCUAUGGACCCACCUUGCCUUUUGCUUCAAAUGGGAUAGCAGCCUGCUUUCUCCCUGCUCCCUACUCUACGUGCCCAAACCUGCAGCCUUUGCAAGUGCCUCAUCACAAGAUAGGCACAAUGUGAGACAAGGGAGCAUGCUUGAUGGGAGAGCAUCCUCAUUUGCCACCAUUUCCUCUUUGCAUCACCAAGAUGAAGGAAUUGUUGCAAAAUUCUUCCUUGUAUUAAAGUGCAGUAAAUGCCAAAAGGAGGGCAGGUAGAGAGAAAGAGAGGAACAUAAAGGAAGUGAGUCAGGAUUAAACUGUAUAUGUACUCUAAAGAAGGGACAGAGUCUAUUCAGAUGUUUCUCCAUCUGGUUAUUCUAGCAACUCUUUGAACAUUUUCUGGAAUCUAUUAAUUUCCAAAGGUGCAUUGCAAGAACAUUAAGAACAACAUGCUGUUGUAUAUCCAGUUGGUUGAAAGGGACCUUCAGCAUAGUCUCACUUCCACUGUUUGUUGCUGCUAGCAUUAGAUAUUGUCUAGAAAUGAAUAACGAAGUUUAAAUUGGAUGUGUGCAAACGAAACAAAGGGAUUCUUCAUUUUAUCUAGAACAGAAAUUCUCGGAAUAUGAGCUACAACUGUAGUGAGCAUGCACUUUUUAGGCCUUGAAAAGGGCUUAUUUUGGAUGCUUGUCCUUGGUAUUAGGAGAACUUGAAAGUAUAAUUUCUGUGAAUUCUCAGCUUUUUUGAUCUGCAAAGGUGCUCUUAACCAUCACUACUGAGUGCUUCUUACAUUUGCCUCACAAAGGUAAAGAGUCAUGUCAUUGGAAUACUUUCCACUGCAUAAAAGACAAAUAUGUGGCAAUGUUGUCAGAAGGAAAGUGCCACAUAGCAGGGAGGAGGAAAACAGUCAAGCUAGAGGUCGUUGUAAAGCCUUUUGUAGUUUUCAAGAUUGUUCCCCAUAGAAUUAGGAGAGAAGUUGCUGCUUAGAAAUAGUACAGCUUGUUAGCUAUCUUAAGCUCUUAAAUCUUUGUACUGAUCCAACGUGUUUUUUUCUUUUCCAAACUAUAGUAUUUAACAGACAAUUUGAGGAAAGCAGGUUGUUUUAAUUCCAAAACCUUCAUUUGUCAAAAGCUGUACAGAGAAAAUAAAUUCAUGUUGGGAUGCCAUUCUGAAUAUAAAGAUGAAAAUGUAAUUAAAUUAAAGGAAAAAUACAUUACUGCCAAUCUUAAUUAGGGAAAGACUGUUUCCCUGAUACAAUAAAGCUCACCAAUGCCUA